AUGGCCAGCGAUGAGGACUCAAGGAACAUGGCCAUUAAGGUCGUCGCGGGCCUGUUCAUGUCUAUAGCUGCCGUGGCCGUGGCACUACGAUGCUAUGUUCGUGGAUUCUUAGUGAAAGCAUUUGGAUGGGAUGAUGGUGCGAUGGUGAUGGCUAUGGCCUGGUAUGCAAUGUUUUGCGGGUCUAUGAUUGGAGCAGGAAUCCAUGGAAAUGGGCGACAUUGGUACAGUGUGUCGGCAGAAGAUCGAGUCAUUGCCAUGAAGUACUGGUGGCUCUGCGAAAUUGGAUUCUGUUUCGCAUCUAUUUUCUGCAAGAUCUCAAUUUGUAUCUUCUUGAUGCGCAUUUGUAUCAACCGGACGCAUAUUCUGCUCCUUUAUUCCGUCAUGGUUCUGACAGUCCUUGCUGGACUGGUGUUCAUGUUCCUCAUGCUGUUGCAAUGCAAGCCAUUGUCCUUUUUCUGGACUCGAUUGGCUUAUCACCCAGUCCGAAAUAUCCCCGGGGAAGGCAAAUGUAUUGAUAUGGAAAUCAUCAUUGCCAUGACAUACGUUUACAGUGCCUUUGCCGCGAUGUGUGAUUUCACCGUGGGAAUUUUGCCAAUCUUCGUUGUGCACAACUUGCAGAUGAAGAAGCAAACAAAAGUGGCCGUCAUUGGAAUUUUGAGCAUGGCCUGCAUUGCAUCCUCCGCCGUGAUUGUUCGUAUUCCAUUCGUUAAAACGUUCGAUGAUCUGAACGACUUUUUGUACGCCACCGUCCAAAUCGCCUACUGGUCGAAUCUCGAGGCUGGCCUCGGUAUAACAGCUGGCUGUCUCGCAACCCUCCGUCCCCUCCUUCGCCACUGGUUUGGCUCACGCGCAGAUCCAUCCUACUCGGCUGGAUUCCCCAAAGAUACAUACGGACGUCGCACUGGUGCGAGUCAAAGUCGUCCUGUCCCUCUCAGCUCGAUGAAUGGAAACGAGCGAGGUGAUUUGAGACCCGAUAAGCUGGCUGUCAUGGUCACAAACAUUGAGAGCGACAGAGAUUUGGAGCGUUCUUGGCCUCAGCCAUCAAGCCCGAGCAGCAGCGAAGAACGAUUGACCAUACAACCUCCACUUCCAGGAAGAAUGGAGGUGGGUAUCCAUCAGACAUUUGAGGUUACCAGAACUGUCGCAGACAGUGACUUUGGGGAUGUGGCUCAUUGGACCGCGCGAGAGCAUGUAUAA